CGAUUAAGGAAUAACCAUUGGUACACGUCGCAAAUUCCCCAUAAUCAAGGAGAACUCAGUGGUAGUGAUCUCCGAAAUUGCUCAGUGAGCACACCUAAUUAACCUGAUUUUUUGCUGAUAAUCAUUCACAAUGGAAUCAAAUCAAAAAUGCGGGGAUGGACUGGCCGGCACUCAGAAUGAAGCGGCACUGCGUGCAUUGGUCCAGCGCACGGGAUAUAGUUUGACACAGGAAAAUGGACAGAGAAGAUAUGGAGGACCCCCUCCUGGAUGGAGUGGACCGGCACCUGAAAGAGGUUGCGAGAUCUUUGUCGGCAAACUUCCCCGAGAUCUUUUUGAGGAUGAACUCAUACCAUUAUGUGAAAAGAUAGGGAAAAUCUAUGAAAUGAGAAUGAUGAUGGACUUCAAUGGGAAUAAUAGGGGAUAUGCAUUUGUAACUUUCACUAACAGACAAGAUGCAAGGAACGCAAUCAGACAACUAAAUAAUUAUGAAAUCAGAAAUGGACGGCUGCUUGGGGUUUGUGCAAGCGUAGACAACUGCCGAUUGUUUGUUGGUGGGAUCCCAAAAACAAAGAAGAGAGAAGAAAUCUUAGCAGAAAUGAGGAAAGUCACAGAAGGUGUAAUUGAUGUCAUUGUUUACCCCAGUGCGGCCGAUAAAACAAAAAAUCGUGGCUUUGCGUUUGUUGAAUAUGACAGUCACAGAGCAGCAGCCAUGGCAAGGAGGAAACUGCUUCCAGGACGUAUUCAGUUGUGGGGUCAUCCGAUUGCUGUAGACUGGGCAGAACCAGAGGUUGAAGUAGAUGAAGAUACAAUGUCCUCUGUGAAGAUUCUGUAUGUAAGAAACCUUAUGCUGACAACCACGGAAGAGACUAUUGAGAAAGAAUUCAGCAGUAUUAAACCAGGUUCAGUUGAGCGCGUUAAGAAAAUUAGAGAUUACGCCUUUGUGCACUUUAACAGUCGUUCCGAUGCAGUUGAUGCAAUGAAUGCUUUGAAUGGCAAGAUUGUUGAUGGAUCACCUAUAGAAGUUACCUUGGCGAAGCCAGUGGACAAAGAUAGCUAUGUAAGGUAUACCAGAGGAACCGGAGGAAGAGGAGGUUCUGUACAGGGAGAACUUGCCUAUACGAUAGGUCAUGUAUAUGAUCCCACCACAGCCUACCUCGGUGCACCUGUGUUCUACGCACCUCCAACCUACGCUGCAGCCAUUCCAGGCAUUCAUUUCCCUCAAACCAAAGCAUAUGUCAGCAAUCGUGGCCUCGUUCGACCUCCGUCUGUUAGAGAAAUUUACAUGAGUGUACCUGUAGGGGCUGCGGGAGUUAGGGGACUGGGAGGACGGGGAUACUUGGCGUACACUGGCUUGGGACGUGGAUGUGUGGGAUACCAAAUGAAAGGAGACAAGAGGACAGAUGAGAAACUCUACGAUAUUUUACCUGGAAUGGAACUUACGCCAAUGAAUACCGUCGCUUUAAAACCACAAGGAAUGAAACUUGGACCACAGAUACUUGAGGAAAUCUGUCAGAAAAAUAACUGGGGACAGCCAGUUUAUCAGCUUCACUCAGCCAUUGGUCAAGAUCAACGGCAAUUAUUUUUAUACAAGAUCACUAUCCCUGUCCUUGCCAGCCAAAACCCAGCAAUACACCCUUUCACACCACCCAAACUCUGCAUAUCUGUGGAUGAGGCAAAAAAUUACGCGGCAGAGUAUACUCUUCAGACCUUGGGGAUUUCUACAGAGCCAACAGAACCCCCAACAGCAUUCGCAGGAUAUGCCAUUGCCAGUUCCCCAGCUGCAGUAGCAGCAACCCAGUUGAAACAAGCUGUGGCCCUUGGACAAGAUCUAACGGCCUACGCAGCCUACGAAGCCUAUCCUGCAUUUGCAGUUGCAGCUCGAGGAGACACCUAUGGAGCCUUUUAAUGGUCAAUUCACAGCCGAUAAUAACACUUUUUUAUUCUGAAAGUUAGCUAGACCAUUAUGUAAAAGGACAUAAAAAGGAUAAUUCAGGGUAUAGUCCUAGGAAAAGGAAAGAAAUAAUGUAUUUCUGCAUACUUUUUCUACUUUAGUGCUGCCUCCUUAGUGACCUUAUCUUAUUUAACAAUGUACUACAUUUUAACAACUUUUUUUUGUUUACAUGCAUUAUAUUCUAAGAAUAGUUUCAAAAGCUGAAUAAUAUAUGUUGCUUUGCAAAAUUUAAUUGGACACGGUUAAGCCAUUUUGCAGAAUCCAUGUCAAGGGAAAAA